AUGCCAUCCCCCUACGCCCCGGACGAGCCUGAAGCCAACAUCAUAGGAGAAAGGGGCCUUCUCGUAGCAAUAAGUCUUGCUAUGGCGACUUGGGGUGUAUUGCUCACACUCGUCGUACAAUGUGUAUCUGUGUUAUAUGCUGGCGUCUCCCGCAGAGGCAGUACCAAGACGUACACACUCUUGAUCUAUGUACUGCUCAUGUUCUCCCUGGGGACGACGGCAAUAUUCUGUCACCUACAUUGGGUGCAGGAGUUUCUCAUUGACAAUAGGAACUUCCCAGGAGGGCCGCUUGCAUACGAUGCUACCCACUACGCCAAUGCAGUCAAUGUCACCGGGGUCGUGUGUUACUUCGUUAUGAACUGGAUGGCAGAUGGCUUGCUUCUUUGGCGCCUCUACAUCAUAUUCAGCCGCCGUGCGCUCAUAAUAGCGUUUCCUCUAAUGAUGUAUCUCACUGCCGUUGGUCUCUCUAUCGUUGACCUGCAUACCCUGGCCCAGCCGGGUAACAGCGAAUUUACUCAUUCAGCCAUCAACUUUGGUCUUCUCUACUGGUCAUUCAGCAUAGCGUUGAAUGUCAUAGUCACUGCUGCCAUCGUCGGUCGCCUCCUCAUCACACGCAGUCGCAUAUCUCGCCUUUCCAUUGAGCCUCACCAUGGGAUAGCCUAUAUCUCCAUCUCUGCGAUGCUCAUCGAAUCCGCGGCAUUAUAUUCCAUCACUGCCAUUAUCUUUCUUAUUGGCUACUCUCUUCAAAACGAGCUUCAGAACGUUGCCGAGGCAGUGCAGGUCAUUCAGGGUGUUGCACCACUAAUGAUCAUUCUGCGCGUGGCUCGCGGUACUUCGGUGGACGACUCGGUGGCCACGACGUAUGCGACGUCGGACGCUCGGACGCUCAGAUUCGCGCGGGCAGUAAGCGCAACGGCUGACUCGUCGUCAGGCGCUGGAGGUCAGACACAAUUGAGCACACCCGACACGAGUGUCGGCUACGGGCCCUCGUCGGAAGCCAUAUCGUCACUGCGCACUGUGCACCUGCCGCUCGAGUCUGUCGAUGAUGGUCAAGGUGACGGUCUAGAGAUGAACAGCAUACAGGCGGAAAAGAAAGUGAGCGACUUGGCAUGA